UUAUUUUAUUUUAUUUUUUGUUUGCCUGGCCCUUUUUCUGUUGUUGCAAGACUUACAUUAUAAAACAUGCCUUCAGUUGCAAAGUUCCAUGUGUUCAAAGAACAAAAUUUUCAUGGGCUCGUGUAUUGUGAUUACUGUACAAAACUUCUAUGGGGUUUAGCAAAAGGAGUUCACUGCACAGAAUGUGGAUAUAAUUGUCAUACAUUUUGUAGCGACAUGGUGAUUCAGUGUAGACCACCUCGACGCCGAAGCCCAGAUUCACUUUCAGUCACCGAUUCCGAAGCAGAGUCAGUAACAAGGCAUUCCCAUCGAACUUCACUUGAUCGCCUCGUAGUGGAUGACAAUAACAGUAAUAGCAGUGGUCGAAAAAGACUGUUGGACGGUCCAAAAACCAUGAUGGAUGAAAAGGCAGCUAAUAAAGCACAUCGAAAAUCAUUAAAGCAACAGCUACAGCACGAAGGAUCUAUGAGUCCUCAUGCCACAGCGAAAGCUUUUACUCGGCUGGUGGCUCGUUCAAGAGCGUUUUUUUACAUAGGCAAAUUGGUGCAUGAUAUUUACAGUUGGAAACAAAGGUCUUAUUCAUUACUGGCAUGCUUAUUUUGGAUAUCCACAUGCUUAUACUCGCACACAUUGUUACUGGUACCACCUAUGCUCAUCCUAUUCCUCUAUUCUCAAAACGGGGUUCUCAACCAACCCGCUUCGCAAAUAUUAUUCCCAAGAUUCGAUGAACAUACUUCUGAAUACUACAUGAACCUUGAAAGCAUGCAGUAUGCCUUCUUGUUCUUUAUUCGCAUCUAUGACAACUUUGCUUAUCACCUACAACAUUUAUCUUUAACCAGUACCACCUAUAAGAUCCUGUUCGUUGUCAGUCUAGGCAUAUCCUCCUUAUUUUACCUGUUUGGAAAAUGGCUCAUUAUGGCGAUCGGCUUGAUGCUCUUAUUGAAUAAGACUUGGGUAGGUUCAACGCUGGAAAUUUUAUUGCAGUUCACGAUGGAGGUGCUUCAAACCGGGUUUGAACUGGUGCAUAAAUCAACCGAAAAGAAAAACGUAGUGCCUCGUGAGCCCAUUCAAGUUUCCUUGUAUGAAAAUCAACGAUGGUGGGCAGGUACCGGAUAUACAUCACAACUUUUAAGAUCAGAAAGAUCUGCAUGGUCAAAUAUCACUGGUCUGGAACCAUUGCCAUCAAAAGAAGAGAUGCCUUCACCUACAAAUUAUACUUGGCAAGAGGAUGAUGAAUGGCAUCUAGAUACCACGGGUCCCUGGGCAGAUGAUGCACUUGAAAUAGACUUUAAUUGAGUGUGAUGAACAGGGUUGGGUAUAUUCAGAUCAUCGUUGGUCUAAUCCACGAGGUCGACCUGAAUCUAUGACUGGCAGAGCUGCUGUUCUGACAGACAGCUCGCGAGCAUUAACAAGAAGACGCAGAUGGUAUCGAAAAGCGAACCCCAUCCUGUAGUUUUUUUU